AUGCCUCUCUCACGCGAAGAAUACCUCAGCGACUCCUGGAAGGAGGGUAUCUUCAGAACUAUCUGCAGCGCUCAGGUCCGCGCUCUCGUCCACUUAGGCGCAGAUGCCUGCAUUGUCGGCAGAAAUGUCGAAAAGACCGAGUCGGCGGCGAAGGACAUCGCCACUGCGCGCCCUGGAGCCAAGGUGAUCGGGAUUGGCGCCGUCGAUGUGCGCAAGUUCGAGAGUCUGAAGGCCGCCGUGGAUCGCUGUGUCAGUGAGCUGGGAGGCAUUGACUUUGUCAUUGCGGGAGCCGCUGGUAACUUCUUGGCCUCUAUCAACCAGCUCUCCGUCAAUGCGUUCAAGUCCGUCAUGGACAUUGAUGUCCUGGGUUCCUACAACACCCUGAAGGCCACUAUUCCUCACUUGACUGAAUCUGCCAAGAAGCACCGCGUUGACUCCGACUCUUUGAAGCCCUCUCCGCUCGGCACCGGCGGACGUAUCAUCUUCGUCAGCGCCACGCUGCACUACCGUGGAGCCCCUUUCCAGACCCACGUAUCGGUGGCUAAAGCCGGCGUGGAUGCUCUGUCACAUAGCGUUGCCAUUGAAUUCGGCCCUCUAGGCGUGACGUCGAAUAUCAUCGCGCCUGGACCCAUUGCGUCGACGGAAGGCCUCGAUCGUCUUCUCCCUGCCCCCGUGAAGGAAGCCUACAUCAAGUCCCAGCCCCUGGGUCGCAUCGGGUCAGUCCGUGAUAUUGCCGAUGCCACAGUGUACCUCUUUUCCAAUACCGGGAGCUAUGUCAGUGGUCAGACGCUCGUCGUGGAUGGAGCGAGCUGGCGUAUGUCUGCGGGCGGCGCCGCAGCAGGAGAGAUGGGAUACCCGGACUUUCUUCUUUCAGGGGAAGCUGUCCAGCAUGUCAAGGGGCAGAAGCAGUCCAAGCUUUGA